AUGUCCUUGUUGCAGAGAGUCUCGUCCAUCGAAUCGCUGGGGUCGAUAUAUCCAGCGUCACAUCCGCGGGCCCGCUCGGGCUCGCACAGUCCGUCCUCGAGAGACCGCAAGCUCUCGUUCAGUCCCUUGCCUGGGAGUUGGGAUCCCCCACCUGCACCUGAGCUCGUGGCAGACCAUAUACCUCCUCCCAUUGCCGCUUUCGAGGUUCCGCGGUCGAAGAGGAUAUUACAGGUGACGAUCGCAGUGGUAUACUGCCUAUUCGCUGCCGGUAUUGUCUUUGGAUACGCAGCUCUCAAGCCCGUCCUUAUCCGCGAGGGCAUCUACCGAGAACGAUGCACCCAGGACGAACUCGACCGCGAUGUUCGGACAUGCUACGAGCAGGAGAUACACCUGAACCUGAUGUUCACAGUGGCCGCUGUGGUCACCAACGUUGCCGCUCUCCCCGUCGGGGCGGUCCUCGACGCGGCCGGCCCUCGAGUCUGCGGCAUCAUCGGUAGCAUUGUGCUCGCGAUUGGAGCCCUGUUGUUCGCAUUUGCGUCGCAGCUACCUUUUGACGGAUACAUACCCGGCUAUCUCUUCCUGGCCCUUGGGGGCCCGUUUGUCUUCAUUUCGUCGUUUCAGCUGUCGAAUGCUUUCCCGAAAAACUCGGGCUUGAUAUUGGCUCUGUUGACGGGCGCUUUUGAUUCUUCCAGCGCUAUAUUCCUUGUAUACCGUAUGGUGUACCAGUGGAGCGAGGGAGCACUCAAGCUGAACAAGUUCUUCCUCCUGUAUCUGGUGGUCCCGGUAUUCAUCCUAGUGGCGCAGGUCUUCAUCAUGCCCACGGCAUCCUACAAAACAGUCGGCGAGCUCCGAAAGCAAGUAGAAGAACAGGAAGACAUUAUCUACGACGACCAAGUCGACGAGAAUACCGCCCUCCUGCGCGAAGAAUCCCGUCAGCACCGCCAAUCCGUCGUCUCCGAGAUCACUGACCUGCUCGGCUCAAAAUCAGGUGCGAAGCUUGUCAGGCAAGAGGAGCACAAGAACCAGAUCUCAGGCGUCUACGGCGCCAUGCACGGCGCCACCGUGCUGCAGCAGAUCUGCUCGCCCUGGUUCGUGCUCGUCACCCUCUUCACCAUGAUCCAGAUGACGCGCAUCAACUACUUCGUCGCCACCAUUCGCCCACAGUACGAGUACAUCCUCGGCUCGUACGCCAAGGCGGUGGAAAUCAACACCUUCUUCGACGUGGCACUGCCCGUGGGCGGGAUCCUGUCCAUCCCGUUCAUCGGGGUGGUGCUCGACAGCACCAGCACCGUCACCGUGCUGUCUACCCUCGUCAGCAUCGCCACCGCCAUCGGCGUCCUCGGCUGCCUGCCGUACACGUGGGCCGCGUACGCCAACAUCUCGCUCUUCGUCCUCUACCGGCCCUUCUACUAUACCGCCAUCUCCGACUUCGCCGCCAAGGUUUUCGGCUUCCGGACCUUCGGCACGGUGUACGGCCUGACGAUCUGUCUGGCCGGCCUGUUCAAUUUCAGCCAGAGUGGCCUGGAUGCGCUGCUGCACAAGGUGUUUAAUGGGGAUCCGAUCCCGGUGAACCUGAUCCUGCUGGGAAGUGCUCUGGUGGUCGGAGUAGCGCUGUGUUCGUUUGUGGGCAUGAAGUCGUACCAGAUGAGGAGAGAGGAAUUGGUGAGUGAGGCAGAGCAUACGAGGGAGACUGUUAUGCCGGGGGCUCAGAGCCCGCAGAGAUUGUGA